AUGCGUCUGGCUACAGCGCUUCGCCAGGAAGUGCUCUACGUGCACACGGAGCCGUUCAAUCGCUUACACACUGGCCAACUGGGCCAUCAUUGCAUGCCGGUCACGAGGCCCACAAUGCGAGAUAUUCAUCAACCGACGCAGCAAUGCAUGCUCUUCGAGGCAUCCGUGACUAGCACCAUGCCUCCAUCGGCAGAGUCGCCGAUGUAG